GGUCAGUGACCCAUCCGCUCGCCGCGCCUUGUUGCCUUCCUUUGUUGUUGGUUGGGGGGACCUGGGAAGAAGAGAGAAACCCCAGCAGACGCCAGAGGAAGAGAGAAAACCCCAAGUCCUCCUCGCCUCUUCCGCCUUUCCUCUUCCCCCUUCCUAGUAUAGACAAUCAUCAAUCUGUGAGAUUGGCGAGCGAAUCACGCAUACAACUGUAGGAUGGAGCGGGGAAUGAAUGCCUCCCCUGAUUGCAGUUAAUCCUUCCCAUUCCAGUCCGUUCCUCGUCCACUGGAGUCCGUUGAAGUACAGGCUGCAGUAGGACAGGGAGCAACCGCCACCAUAGCUGUUCGCCAUUUCUUCCAUCAACACCAACAUGAGCAGCAACAAGGAAAGGGCCAAGAAGGCAUUGAACGCCAUGAAGCUGCUUGGUUUCUCUAAGAAGCAGGCCACCCCAGUACUCAAGGAACUCCUCAACAUCUUCAACAACAACUGGGAGCCCAUUGAGGAUGAGUGCUAUCGUGCCCUCGCUGAUGCCAUCCUCGAUAGGCAAGACAACAAACAAACCCCUCCCUCCCAACAGGGCAACCAAGCAGCACAUGCGCACUCGGAGCACGAUCGGCAACAAUAUGUUUCUGCUAUUCACGAUGACAGAGGCGAAGAUGAUAAUGAAACGCCCCUGGUGAAGAGGCCCAGGAUGGGCACGGCUAAUUUCAGGGCAGAGUUGCAGCCAUUUGAGUCUGGACCACAGCAACCCACUGUUUCAACCCAAGGUGCUCUGUCUGUUUCGCCACAAAACAGUCGUGGAGUAACUAGGUCCUUGACUGUAGUGCUGCAAGAUGCUGGGUGUGAAUAUCCUUUAGCUGUCGAUGAUUCUUUCAUCGUGAAAGAACCCAAACCAGAACCACAAAUUGAUAUAGCAGAAAUCAACAUUGGUGACCAUUUAACUGAACCACAAGUUGAUAUAGCAGAAAUCAGUGUCGGUGACCAUUUAACUGAUCGAGAUUUUCUGACUGGUCCUGAUGCCAUACAGCUCAGUGAUGGAUCUUCAGAACAAACUGCAGGUUCUGGUGCAAGAGGCAGCAUGGUCAAACAAGCUCAAAGUCUGGGUAGGAGCAAGCAAAAAGCCCCAUUGUGCAAGAAUGGGGUAGGGUCUAUGAUUCAAAAUACUCAGGAGACAUCGUUUGUGGAGGUGGAUGUUGCUUCUUCCGCCAAUGGCGAGGUGAAGAUGUCAUUGAAAUGCAGCUUGGAAUCUUCGAAUUUCAGCAUUAGUAUGGAGGAGGUUUUCAAAAUGGUUGAGGAGAAAUGCCUUCACUCAUACAAGGUGCUACCUCCAGAUUUUUCUAUUGGCAAGCUGAUGAGUGAGGUAUGCCAAUCUGUUGUGCAGUUGGGCACUAUGCAUUCUGAGGUUAAUAGGGACAGUGGCAGCUUGCAUAAUGAAGUAGUUGCUCCUUUUGUGAAGCCAAUUGCUUGUGAGGCUGCUGUGGACAUAAAUGAUAAUGUGGCUGGUGGAUCAUCAGUGCUUGAUUCCUCAGAACCUUGUUUGCAAAAUUCGCUUGUUGCUUGGGAUCCUGAGUUUGCUCAUUGUAAGCAAAAAACAACCCAUGAUACCACUGAUAUAUCCAAAGGGGAAGAGCGGGUAAGAAUACCUAUAGUAAAUGAAUUUGGCAGCGAGAAAUGUCCUCCAUCCUUUUAUUACGUACCAAGAAAUCUUGUCUUCCAAAAUGCUUAUGUCAACAUCUCGAUUGCUCGGAUUGGUGAUGAAGAUUGUUGUGCUGAUUGUUCUGGCAACUGUUUGUCAUCCUUAGUUCCAUGUGGCUGUGCAAGAGUGACGGGGGGCGAAUUCCCCUAUACACCAGAGGGCCUGCUUAAGACAGAAUUCCUUGAUGAAUGCACCUCAGUUAAUCAUUUCCCACAAGAGCAUCAUAGGUUCUACUGUACAGUUUGCCCUCUUGAAAGAUCUAAGAAUAAAGCCUCACCUGGUCCGUGUAAAGGCCAUCUUAUGAGAAAAUUCAUUAAAGAAUGCUGGAGUAAAUGUGGAUGUGGCAUGCAGUGUGGAAAUCGUGUGAUUCAGCGUGGUAUAACAUGCAAAUUGCAGGUGUUCUUUACACGCGAGGGCAAAGGCUGGGGAGUACGCACAGUAGAGGAUCUCCCAAAAGGUUCCUUUGUCUGUGAAUAUGUUGGAGAGGUACUAACAAGUUCUGAAUUGCACGAAAGAGCAAUUGAAAAUGCAAGAAAUGGUAAACAUAAGCAUCAAGUACUCCUGGAUGCUGGUUGGGGUUCAGGUGUAUUGAGGGAUGAAGAUGCCCUUAGCCUUGAUGGUUCAUUUUAUGGGAACGUUGGGCGAUUUAUCAACCACAGAUGCUAUGAUGCGAAUUUAGUUCAGAUCCCUGUUGAAGUUGAGACGCCUGAUCAUCAUUAUUACCAUCUGGCAUUUUUCACGAACAAGAAAGUAGAGGCAUUUGAAGAGCUAACAUGGGAUUAUGGCAUUGGUUUUGAUGAUACGGAAGGGCCCAGUAAACCAUUCAGAUGCAUGUGUGGAAGUAGAUAUUGCCGCGAUCCGAAUAAUCUGAGGAGGAUGGCUAGAGCAGCUGCAAAGCGGAAGUAGGCGGGGAAGCUGAACUUGGUUGGAGAUUAGCACAUCAACUUUUGCUGUGGUAUUUGGUUCCGUAUUUGAUGUGCAGCAGCAUCACAUCAGUUAGUACUUAGUAUUAGUGUAGAUAGAUGGAGAUGAGGGCGGAUGUUUUGGACCCUUGCCCGUGGCUGAGCAACACGAUUGCGACCUUAACCUACGGCAUAUUGGCAUGUAAAUUAGCCUGGGAUUGAGUAGGCGUAGAAAGAACGCGUAAUAGUACUUAGUUAUGUCAUGUCAUCUUGGUAGAGGGCAAGUUAAAUUACAUGCCAUGUCGUUGCAUCAUCUAUGCCAUGCUGGGUUGGAUGCUUGUGCUGAAUGAUUUGUUGAAGCGACUAGCCUAGGCACUUGUUUUUGGCGGUAUCUUCUAAAAAAAUUUCUUCCCUAUAUGUCA